GUACAAUGAAUCAAACAAAUGAUCUUAAAAAGUCCGAGUAACUUCGACACAAGUGAUCCGAGUAGUUGGGACAACUCUCUGUAACUUCCUAAAAGGGGUGCGAGUAAUUUGACUGUAACAUCAUCGACCGAAAUUGAUAAGCCACGCACUGGUAUAAAAAGGUUCCCCCGCUUCCCUCGUUCCGAGGCUUGAUCAGCUCCUUGACAAAAACUAAAAUCGCAUACUUACAACCAUGCCUGGCCUUUAUAUGCUCGACUAUGGUGCCGGCAACGUCCGUAGCUUGGUGAACGCUGUCAACCGUUUAGGCUAUGAAUUACAGUUCGUUAAAGAUCCUUCUGACAUUCUCAAGGCAGACAAACUUAUUUUCCCUGGUGUGGGCGCAUUCGGUCAUGCCAUGGAAGCCCUGAAUAAGAAGGGCUAUGCACAACCCUUAAAGGAGUACAUUGCGUCUGGACGACCAUUCAUGGGCAUUUGCGUCGGCAUGCAGAGCUUGUUUGAAGGUUCCGAUGAAAGCAACCUGGCCGGUUUGGGCGUCAUUCCAGGGAUUGUCAAAGAAUUCAACAAAGAUACCAAAGCCGUUCCUCACAUGGGCUGGAACGCUGCUCAAGUGCUCAAGAGCACGCCCGAAGGUGCCGACGACGCUACGAUCAGCGGUCAAGCCAUCAACUACAGCAUCAACGAUGACUCCGAAUACUACUUUGUGCACUCAUUCGCCGUCCCUUAUACCGACAAAGUCAAAGACUGGGUCUUGACAACCACCCAAUACGGCGACGAAGUAUUUGUCAGCUCAGUCCAGCGCGGCAACGUAUUCGCAACACAGUUCCAUCCCGAAAAGAGUGGAUAUGCCGGUUUGCGUGUGCUUCGCUCGUUCUUGACAGGCACGGGCAUUGUUGAUGAUUCCAAAGUUGUCGUGAAGGAGCCCGUAGUACCAGCAAACCGUUUGACCAAGCGUAUCAUUGCAUGCUUGGAUGUACGAUCGAACGACAAUGGCGAUUUGGUCGUGACCAAGGGUGAUCAGUAUGAUGUCCGUGAAAAGAUAGGCGAUGGUAACGACGUACGUAACUUGGGCAAGCCCGUCGAUCUGGCUCGACGUUAUUUUGAAGAAGGUGCCGACGAGGUGACGUUCUUGAACAUUACCAGUUUCCGUAACUGCCCUCUGGGAGAUCUGCCAAUGUUGGAAGUGUUGAAGCGCACUUCUGAGACGGUGUUUGUGCCCUUGACCAUUGGUGGCGGUAUCCGCGAUGUGGUCGAUCCCGAUGGCACAAUCCACCCCGCCUUUGAAGUUGCAGGCGAGUACUUUAGAUCAGGUGCCGAUAAGGUUUCGAUUGGCAGCGAUGCGGUUUAUGCAGUUGAAAAAUACCUUGCCAACGGCUGCAAAAAGGAUGGCACGUCGGCCAUUGAGACGAUUGCCAAGGCAUAUGGUGCUCAAGCUGUGGUUGUCUCGGUUGACCCUCGACGGGUGUAUGUCAAAGACCCAAGCGAAACCAUCCACCGCGUUGUCAAGAACAGCCAAAAGGGCCCCAACGGCGAGGAGUACUGCUGGUAUCAGUGCACAGUCAAGGGCGGUCGUGAAGGACGUGAUAUCGAUGUCCACCAGCUGGUUACUGCUUGUGAAGCUUUGGGUGCCGGUGAAAUCCUGCUCAACUGCAUGGACCGCGACGGAACCAACUCGGGCUAUGAGCUGGAGUUGAUCAACGACGUCAAGGCUGCAGUCAGCAUUCCCGUGAUCGCAUCAAGCGGUGCUGGAUGCGUCGAACACUUUGAUGAAGUGUUUGAAAAGACCAACGUGGAAGCCGCUUUGGCCGCAGGUAUCUUCCAUCGCCGCGAGGUGCCUAUCCAGAACGUCAAGGACCAUUUGCGAAAGUGCAACGUCAACUGCAGAGCUGUGGAUGCCGAAUUAUAAGAUCCACCUUGUUCAUGUGUUAUAGUCGCUGCGUGUAGUAGAAUGACUCGGCAUAUUGUUUAUCAUAAAAAACUGUCUUGUGCAUAUCUCCCUCCCUUCACAUCUACUUACUUAGUCUUCUUCUUCCUCUCAAGAGCCCCUCCCAACCCCAAACCAAGUCAUGCGACUUGACACAUACAACAUACACAAAAACAUUUUCCCCUCUUUGUGGUUUUUGAUAGAAAGCAUGGGUCACGCUUAAAAACGCCCUCUUUCUUUUCUUCCCUUAUUCUCUCUCUUGUUUUCAUCUUCAUUGUUUUCUUCUUUAUACACACCAAUAUAAAAGCAGCACGCAUUCUAUUUUUUGCCU